GUGUGUCUUCCGCCGGCGUGCGGGGGGCGGAGCCGUGGGGACGAAGCGGUCCCCGACCCAAGGGUUGACCUUCCCGAACGCCGGGUCCCGUGACGUCACCUCGCCGUGACGCGCAUGCUGUAGGAAAACUGGAUCAGAUGAGAUCAUGAGUGUGAGAAUGAAAGGGAGUAAUUAAAAGGAUUUACCAUAUAUGUUACAACUUUUUACUGGAGUCUUGAGAGAUAGAGCGUCUACUUUAUGCAAGGCUCUGUGCUAGGUGUUGAGACCACAAGAAAAGGGCUUUCUUGAACAUUAAAUAUAUCUAAAAGAGAUUUGCACGGCCUCCCACAGUGAAGAGCUGAAUCCCAAAGCUUUUUGAGGGAGAAGCCGUGGACUGAGCUUCCAAGCCUGCUGCACUGAGCUCCUGCUUUCUGAUGUGAACCUUAAAAGGGAGCUUCUGAUAACGUUAGUCAACUGCGUGCACUGAGCGCCACCCUGUCCAUUGGAACUUUGCCACUCAUUUGCAUUUAUUCUGACCAGUCAGAGCAACUCGAUAAUGAUGAAACAGAAUGCGCAAAGCUGACCAAUCAAGACAGUGCUAUUGGGACCAAUGGGAACUAUGCUGUUUGGAUUCCUUAUUGGCAUAGAAACGAACCAAUCCUGAACCAGGGUAGGAACUUCUCUGUUAAAAAAACAAAAACAAAAACGCCCCCCUCUCCCUUGUCUUUGCGGAACACACCUUUGGCUUUCACCAGAGGUUCUGUUUCUGCAGUUUGCAAAUUGUUCACCUUUUUACCACAAGCCAGACUGGGGAUUCCUGUUGGCAUUGGAUUGGUGACAGUGACCUUUUGUUGACAAAGAGAGAGGAAGGGAAGGAGAAAGAGAAGGAGAGAAACAUCGAUGUGAGAGAGAAACAUGGAUCGUUGCCUCUCGUAUGUGCCCUGACUGGGCACUGAACCUGCCACUGAGUCAUGUGCCCUGACCAGGAAUUGAACUGGAGACCCUUCACGUCACUGGAUGACCCUCAACCAGCUGAUCCACGUAAAGAUGAAUACCAUGUCUUUUUGAAAACCGAAAAUUUGGCUGUUAGAAGACAUUUGCUAACUCAUAGUACUUCAUUCAAGGCAGUUCCUGCUCAAGUCAAACACAGCACAAAACAGAAUUCUUUGUCAGUACCACCGAAAGGUCAAGGUGAAUCAGUCAUGCCUUCUGGAACAAUACAGAGCGGCAGAGGUUUGCAGAAUAAGAGUCAAUUUAGGACCAUUGCACCGAAAAUUGUUCCCAAAGUCCUAACUUCCAGAGUGCUGUCGGGCCACUCGCCAUCACUCUCCGAUCAGGUGACUCCAGGACCUCCCGUCAGCUCCACACCGCUGGGGGUGCCCACCCAGAAUUAUGCUCUGAUGCAGGUUGCUGGCCCGGAGGGGACAUUUUCUCUCGUGGCAUUGCCUCACAUUGCCUCAGCUCAGCCAGUCCAGAAACGCAGACUGUCCCUGCCUGAAAACCUUAAACUGCCGAUUCCUCGAUACCAACCCCCAAGAAAUAACAAAGGAUCAACCAAGAACUCGAUCCGGAGCUCCUCUGAGAGUGGCUGUAGCAAACUUCCUGCCCAAACCCAAAUGUCCCCUUCCCUCCCUGACCACUCCGAGCCCCCUCCCCGUCCCAGCCCACCCGAGCCAGUGCCGUCACUGAACCCAGCCCCAGCUGGCAUCGGCGUGGACACACUGACCAGUGACCAUGGACAGCUGAACCGUCCUGACAUCCCAACAUCAUCCACGCCAGAGGAGCCCUCUGCCAAGCAGGGCCUCUUGAAGAUUUCAGGGAAAGAGAACUUUGCAAGCAAAGAAACAUCCAGUAAACCUUCUGUUGCUGCCAGUGAAAAACAUAAAGAACCACUUGAUCUUGCAAAAGGCACGAUCAGGUUAUCGCCGGCCAUUUAUGGCAGUGCGCUUCAGUUGAUGCCCUCGGCCCCCAAAGGUAAACUGCCAAUCCUACCCUACUCUAGAACAAAAACAACAGAGGCUUAUAAAAAUGAGUCAGACGUUAACACUGUAGACUUUUCUUCACCUGGGCUCAGGGUCGACUGCGACAAGACAUCCACCAUCACAGAAGGCUCUGAUGCAGCCGCCAGAAUGGCCACAAAGGUGCCUGGUCCGCAGGUGUUGAAGCAGAGUCCCUGUGAAAGUGCCUUUUGUUCAGCUACCAAACUGGAUCUCAACCACAAAGCAAAACUGAAUGGCGGGGCAACAAAGAGAAAAGGAAGGAAACUGAAGGUACCAGAUGAGAUCUUGCCAUUUCAGGAGGAAAGGAGGAAAUGUAAAAGAAUAAAAAAUGACCCCCAACAAUCCAGAGACCAAAAGCCUGGAGCUAUGAAAAAAUACCGUAGCAUUAUGCCCAAACCUGUCGUCGUCACGCCCACUAUGACUCCCCUGGCUUCUCCUGCCACUGUGCUACAGUCCCAAAGGCCCAGCGGCCCAGGACAGGACCUUCUGUUAAGUCAUUCUCUCCCUCCUAAAUAUCUCGGCUGCAAGCAGGACAACAGCUCCUCUUCCCCUAGGACCAGCUCUGCACGUAGAAAUGGAUUCUCUGGCAUCAAGAAGCCUUGGCACCGAUGUCCCAUCUGUAACCACCACUUCCAGUUCAAGCAGCACCUUCAAGACCACAUGAACACACACACGAACCGACGGCCUUACAGUUGUCGGAUCUGUCGCAAGACGUAUGUCCGUUCCGGCAGCCUGAGCUCACACGUGAAGCUUCACCACGGCGAGAACCGCCCGAGGAAACUCGUGUGCUGUGAGUUUUGUGCAAAGGUGUUCGGUCACGUCAGAGUCUACUUUGGCCACCUGAAGGAAGUGCACAGGGUCGUCAUCAGCACCGAGUCCGCCCCCAGUGAGCUGCCACCGGGGGACGCACCGAAGAGCAGAGACAGGGAGGCGGCUGUGCAGAGGGACAAGUCCAGCCCCGAAGAAGACCUCCUCCUAAACCAGGCAGAUGAAGUCAAAUUGCAGAUCAAGUGUGGCCGCUGCCAGAUCACCACCCAGUCUUUCGCCGAAAUCAAGUUUCAUCUGCUUUAUGUUCACGGAGAGGAAAUUCAGGGCAGGCUCCAAGAGGAGCUCUCCCCCGGGAGCCAGGCAGCUCCACAGGAACGGGCUCAACAAGCUGCUCCUUCCUGGAAGCAGCGUCCCGAGAGAAGGACACUGCUGCAGAAGCCCUGUCCCUCCGACGAGAAGGUACCUGUAGCUCCUAAAUUGAAAAGGCAACUCUGCCUUCAUCGUCAGGAUGACAUGGAAACACUCACAGAAGAUGAAGGAGCCCGGCCUGGACCCAGCGGACCAGGAGAAGCCCCCCGGGGCCCUGCGUGUCCCAGCCCACACUCAGCACCCCUCCAGUUGCAGUCAGGUUUUAACUGUGUCCUCUGUGCACGGACCCUUGGGAAGAAAGAAGAGCUCCUCCUGCACUGGGAACAAGGGCACAACUGUGAGGAUGCUCCCAGGCUCUGGAGGAUUCUGAAGGUGUUCUCUCACCAGGGCGGCGUGGAGCUUCCCAGGGAAACAGGGAAAUGAAAUGCUGGGGCCAAAGGAGGGUAGAGGGAGUUUUGCACCACUGUUCCCUCCAACUUCUGGCUGUGUGGUGGUGCUCAGUGAUAAAAUCAAACACGUUGGGAGCAGCAAUAAUAAGCAGAAGUGAUUUUUGUACAUAAUGUUAUUUUCUUAUUAAAUAUAUGCCCAUGAUGAUGCAUA